AUGGAUCACCUUCGCAGACAGUGGAAGAAAGUCCUUCAGAUACGCCACUUGCCGCCCGAGCACGCUCAGUACUUUUUGACGUAUCUGGCACAAGGAAUCAGCCGGGUCGGCAAGGACUACUUGAAGAGUUCGGCAGCACAGCUUCUCAGCAUGCGCCAGCUCCAGCUCUUCAGCAACCUGCUGCCCGAGUUCGGAAGCCUUCCUUGGGCGCUGAAGCCGAUCCUCGUGCUGGCCAUCGAACGGACCGCCCAGGCAACGCGCCAGCGGGCGCUGGUGAUGGCUUUGGUUGUGACAGCCCUGCCAUGGCUCGGCCUGGGCUUCCUUGGCCCUUCGGUGGAUCCCACAAUGCUGCUUCUUUCCACUGGCCUCGCAUCGCUUGGGUCGGCUGUAGCGGAUGGGCUCACGGACGGCCUGCUGGCGGCCGAAUCCACGGAGGCCUCUGCGGCCGCGCUGCAGUCCCUCUGCCAGACAGGGCAUAGCAUUGGUGCUUUUGCGGUUGGCUUGGCAGCUUGGGCCUUCAAGCUUCCGAGCAGCCUUUCCUUGAUGUUGACUGCAGCCGCCUGGGCAUCGAUUCUCUGCACGCUCCGGACUCGCCCCGAGCUUCAAUCGGCCUCGGGCUCUGGAGCUCCGGCCUUCUCUUGGCGAGAGUUGGCUCAGCCCAAUGUGUUGCUGGUCGCUGCCUUGGGCUUCUUCGUCUGCUUGGCUCCUGCUGCUGACACCUUCCUUUUCCGCCAGUUCGUGCUGGGCUUGAGAAGCUCACAGCAACCCCUCGUGUCCAUUGCUGGGACAGUUGGAUGGUUUGUCGGCACCUUCGCUUUUCGGGAGAUUGCUCGUGGUCGCACCGCUACAGGCGGCCUGCGCCUUUCCCUUCUGCUCUGGACGUUGCCACUUCUAGCGAAGGUGCUGCUCCUGGCUGUAGAUGAGACGAUGGCGUUUCCGGCGGCCAUGCUUGAGAACGCCGCAAGCGAGCGGCUUGGUUUGGCAAGGCCUUGA